AUGGAAAUCGAUAGCCCCAGUAAUCCAUCGUCCACUCCCGCGGAGGACCGGCGCAAGUCUGGUCGAAUGACGCGGCGACCAGACAUAUUCUCACAAAGCACACACUCUAGCCACGAUCAAAACUCCGGCGGGAAGCGCAAGCGCGAUGAUGCACAUGGUGCUGAAGAUACCGACGAUGCUUCAUCAGAAUCAGAGAGCGAUGGUAUGGAAGAUUAUGCUGAUGAGGAGGAGCUAAAAUCCAAGCGACGUGCUGCUCGCAAGACUAAGACCGCCGCGAAGAAAAUUACAACAAAGAAACGACUCCCUGCUGCGAAAAGGCCAAAGGUCGUAACUAAUGGCCUGGGAAGACAACUUGCGUUCCGACCUGCCCUGAAUGGACGAGCUCCCACUGCGCGCUCCCGCAAACCCCAGGUGCGCCCCAGUCUGGCGGCGGGCGAGCAUGGACUUUAUGCCGAGGUUUUUGGAAGAAACAGCAACGCCGAUACUGUAGCCGCGCAAUGGUUGAGCUCAUUUCAGCGCCAUAAGGGAGAGGCCCUUCGGGACCUCAUCAACUUUGUGAUCCGAUGCAGUGGUUUCGAUCAGGAGAUAACCACGGAGGAAAUUCACGACGUGGACGCUGCCCCGGACAAAAUUGAGGAGCUACAGGCCAUCUAUCAGAACCAGGGCUUUUCAGAUUAUCCUCUGAUUUCCCGAGAAAAGAAAUACAGGGCAUUCCAGCCUACGCUGGAGGAGUUCGUUGUUGCGCUCACUCAAACAUUGCACCACUCAUCAGUCCUGUACACUGAUGAGGCUUUGAUGGAGAACAUUGAAAUUUGGGUUUCGACUAUGACCUCGUCUCAUUGCCGUCCGUUCAGACACACAUCAACAAUAGUGGCUCUGUCUAUCACAAACACAUUAUGUACCAUUGCUCAAGAAGUUGCCACGACGUUGACGACCUCUCGCAAGCAACUCGAAAGCGAAAAGAAAAAGAAGACUGUCAACAAGGGCAGGGUGGAUGCUAUCCAAACGGCAACCACAGAGAAUGAAAAGAAAGCGCAAUAUCUGGAUGAAUUGAUUCUAGACUACUUUGAUGCUGUCUUUCAUCAUCGCUACCGCGACGUUGACGUCCAUAUUCGUGCCGAGGUCAUUGCGGGCCUGGGUGGUUGGAUUCGCACCUACCGAGAGAUCUUCUUUGAAGGGCAGUACCUGCGAUACAUUGGAUGGACUCUGUCCGAUGAGGUCGGAAGCAUCCGAUUGAUUGCGCUUUCACAGUUGCUUCCCCUCUACGAGAAAAAAGAUAAUGUUGGUGUUCUUAAUUCAUUCACCGAGCGUUUCCGACAACGCAUCGUUGAGAUUGCAGUCCAAGAUGCAGAGCCCACAGUCCGUGUGGCUGCUGUUGAGUUGUUGAUGCAUAUUCGCGAUGGAGGUCUGCUUGAACCAGGUGAUAUCGACUCUAUCGGAAGACUUGUUUUCGAUCUUGAUCCUCGUGUCCGGAAGGCGGCAGGUGGAUUCUUCGUUGCUAAUGUUAAUGAUGCGUUCGAGUCGGUCACAGAAGAAGUCAAGGAUGAAGUCAAUGAAAUGUUCCCCGAUGACGACGAAGAUGACUUUGAGUCGCCUAAGCGGCUGUGGAUUAAGAUCAAGUGUCUAACCGACAUUUUCCAAGCCUAUGAUGAGCAGGAACCCGAGCAGGCUGAGACUCCAGCCACAUCGCGUGGUCUGCUCCUUGGAGCCUCAGCGGGCUCGCGUUUUGCUUUGGCAACUGAGGCUAUCUACCCUCACAUGGAAGAGCUCUCCCAAUGGCAGUCUCUGGCUGGAUACCUACUCUACGACCACUCGCAAAUCGAUGAAAGUCCGACUGAGGACGACACCGCAGGAGUUAUCCGGAGUCUGUACAAAAUGCAAGAAGGCCAGGAGUCAGUGCUUCUGGAAGUGCUCUGCGCUUCCGUCAAACUUCAAGUACUGGAUAUCGCGAAAUCCGAUGUUGACAAGCGAGGACGCAAGGUCAAGGCAUUGACAGCCAAGAUUCCCGAGCUCCAAGAGGAGGUUUCCCACAACCUUGCUCAGAUUAUUCCCCAGCUUCUCAACAAGUAUGGCUCAUCGCCAGAAGCCGCAUCUUCUGUUCUUCGACUGGAGCAUCUGGUAGACCUUGAUGCGAUCCAGGAUCUCCAGAGAGACGCUACAGCCUACUCUGCUUUGCUCAAUGAUAUCAACAGGCAAUUCUUGACCCACUCCGAUCAGGAUGUCUUGGCUGAAGCUAGUGUAACCUUCUUGCACGCCAAGAGUUCCGAGGAGAUGCGGGAGGCGCUUGAAGGCAAGGUUCAGGAACUGUGGGAUGAGUUGAUUGAGGCGCUUGGCGCCUUGGCCCGCAAGAAGGACGUUCAGAACGGCAGCGCCAUUUCUGAUCCAACGCUGACUGAAGUUGCCAAUGCUGUAACUCGCAUCUCAAGCCUCGCCGGUAUCACGGACUGCACCACGAUUCUUGAAGUGCCCACCUCGCGGUCAAAGUCUAAAAAAGAUCAGCCAGAAACUCCAUUCAACACUCUCAUUCAUCUUGUCCAACGUGGUGUUCGCCCAGAGGAUAAGGAUGAAGAUGUUGCCAAAGCAGAGACUGAAAUCGUGACUAACAGCAUCCGCACACUGUUAUUCUACUUCAUGUGGAAAGUCCAGGGUCUCUCCGCUUUGAGUGACGGCCAAGCCUCCUUUAACACAUCCUACUUUGAAGCCCUCACAAAGAGCCGCGAGACUUUCGCAUCCUCACUGGUCAAAAUCAUGGAGAAACGCCCCAACCUCGACGACUUACGCUUCAUUGCUGCCACCACAUACCUUGAUCUUCAAACAUUAUUCAGCACACUUCGUAAUGCAGGCCAAGGUGUCGGCAAUGAUGAAGAUGUCAUCUUCCAAACCCAGAGCCUAGUCCACGAAGUCCCAUCAGCAGCCCAGGGUCUCAUCACCAAGAUCCACAGCAUCGCCGAACGCACCUUCGCCAAGAAAUCAAGCGCAGAGAUUGAGCCUGCAGAGGAUGACGAACCCGCAUCUGACGAUGAACCCGAAGACGAUGAGGAUGAAGAUGAAGACCUCGAGGACGAGGCCGUAGCCAACGAGCGUCUUCGCGAAAGCGUAAUUGCUGAACAGCGCCUAUGCGAAUUAACCGGUAAGAUUGUCUUGGCGAUCAUCGGACGAGUCAUCGAUGCUUCUGGCUCAAAACGCGGUGCAUUGAAGAAACGACUACUUCGCAAUAAGACUUUCCUGGGUCAAAACUACCGGGAAGUACUCUCAUAUGUUGAAGAGCGGAAACCUCGUCCCGCACCCCGGAAUAAGGGAAAGCAGCCUGCGAAGCCUGCUGCAGAGGAUCAGACAUCUGGUCCCUCGGGAAAUAAGGACUACAAGUCUGCUGAGCGUGUGGAUGAUGAUGAAGACGAAGAAGAGAGCGACCACGGUGAACCUGUUGAAGAAGAUGACGAGCAGGACUUACGUGCGCGCGAACUUGUUGAGGAAGAUAUCGAUCGUGAGAAUGAUGAGGACGAGGAGUUGGAGAAUGGUUCUCCUGAGCCAGAUGAGGAUGAGGACGAGAUAAUGGGUGAUUAA